AUGGCGGUGGCGACUGCGUACGCUGUCGGAGUGUGCUAUAUCAAGUCCGGUCGCGGUAGCGGGGAUAUGAACUUGAACGAUGGUGAGGGCUCUCCAUUCGACGCACCAAAAGAUCUCCCUAUGGAAACCAGGCCGACAACACCGGAAUCCAAGGAGACGAACGUUUCACUUAUGAAUCAAGGUGACGCGGUGCAGCCUGAAUCACGAAAACAAACCGGCAGAAAAACGCAAAACACAGGGCAUGUUUGCGUAACUUGUGGAAGGAAGUAUUCGUCACUCUAG